GAUAAGGCGCCUGACUGAAAAGAUUGACGUUCUCACUCCAGUAGUUAUCGCGUGUCUACCGCCUACAAUACUGUUUAUUAGCUUGUUAACAAUGGCGGACGCCACUAUUCACAGCGGAAUCGUGGACGAGGUACACCCCGAAGUAUUCGACAUACGGGCAAUGCCACCACAACCGAAAGAAAAGAAAUCAGGUCAGCUUUCUGACAGCAAAAUCAAACAGUUCUUCGAAGAGGGUUACCUGAUUGUGGAAGACUUCUUUUCAAAAGCAGAGCUGGACGCUGUGCGAGUGGCGACAGAGAACCUGGUGGAAAAGCUAGCCCAGAAACUACACUCGGCGGGGAAAAUCAAACAUUUGUAUAAGGAAUAUGGAUUAUUUGAAAGAUUAACAAAGAUUGAGACCGAAUUUCCUGGAGCCAAUGUCAUCCUCCAUAAGACAGGAGAGCUACCCCAGGCCUAUCGUGACCUGUGGUCUAACGAUCGUCUGCUGAACGUCAUAGAACAGUUGAUAGGGCCUGAUAUUGCUUCAUCCCCCGUUUGGAACCUCCGCACCAAAACACCCCGGAACGAGGCAACAGUCGUCCCGUGGCACCAAGACAGUGCCUACUUUGAUAACGAUUCCUACAAGGUUUUGGUGCCUACGGCCUGGAUACCCCUAUUGGAUACUGACGAGUUCAAUGGUGGCAUGCAGGUUGCCAAGGGUGCUCACAGUGCAGGGAAAAUCGCGACGCAUCAGUGUUGCUAUGGUGGUACCUGGUACGUGAUGUUGGAGGAGGAGGAAAUGGUGAAGUCUCUAGGUGUUGACAUUACCAGAGACCUUGUCACGUGCCCCAUACCAUACGGGGGAUUUCUUCUUUUCAACAACGCUACGCCACAUAGAAGUCUGCCUAACUUGUCGAAGCAGGUGCGUUGGGCUCUUGACCUGCGAUGGCAGCGCCCUGACAAGCCGUACGGCCUCUGGGACAUGAAGGACGGCGUGAUGAUGAGGUCAUCCUCUGACCCUCAUGUCAAGAUUGACUGGGACGCAUUCGUGGCCGUGGAUCGGACCGCCCUGCAGAAGGAUUCUGUCAAGGACUUGGAUAUUGAAUGUGAUCCCGAGUUCGACACCACCAUUCAGGGACCGUGGAUGAAGAAGUGGGAUAUAGUGCAUAUGAACCAGCAUACGAAACGUCACGAACAAAUGGAAAUGGCAAAACAGAAGUAAACAGACGAGGCGUCUCGAACAUAUGGACACGACAAAACAAUUGUAAACACACAAGGCGUCACG